UGGGUGUGUGCCCUAUUAUUUUGCCCAAAUUCCUCACAGCAACACACUGACACUCAUUCAUUCUUCAAAGAAGAAGAAAUGGCACUCAGAGCAGCCAUCCUCCGCCACGUUCGCGUCCCACUUCAAACUGCACCAAAACUGCAUCACAAGCAACCACAGCCAUGGCUCGCUUCCUUCCGCUUCAUGUCUUCUCACGACGAUCACAUCACCAAAGAAGAGGUCACCGAAAGAGUCCUCGCUGUCCUCAGAGAUUACCCCAAAGUCGAUCCUUCCAAGGUGACUCCAAAUGUACAUUUCGAGAAGGAUUUGGGUUUAGAUAGCUUGGACACUGUGGAAAUUGUGAUGGCGCUGGAAGAGGAGUUCAAGCUCGAGAUCCCAGACAAGGAAGCCGAUAAGAUUGACUCCUGCAAUCUUGCUAUUGAGUACAUUUCUAACCACCCCAUGGCUAGUUAAUUAGUGUGUCCUUUCCUAUUUUUUGGUUUCAUGUUGAACUGUAAGCAUCAAUGCAUCACUUCCCCCUCUACUUUCACUUGGUGUUUCCGGAAUCCGGUCGCUUUUUGUAAUCUCCACUUUGCAUUUAAAUUGGAGUGAAGGGGCUGGUUGUUGAAAAUAAUGUGAAUUGUUUGGAAUUUGGAAAGGAAUUUGUCAAUGAGGAACUCCUACUGAGUUUUUGAAGGACCA